AUGGUGACGUCAACGUGCCCGCCUCCAAUGCAUAUCCUGGCUGAGAGCGGGCAAUUGGGCGCCCACCAUCACGAGGCCGCGGCCAUGUUCUCCUCCUACUACACGGCCACGCCGACGAGUCCGACGGACCUCAAGCCCGCCUCGUCGCCGCCCCUCGGCGUGGGUGUCGGUGUCGACAAGGUGGUGGCCGCCGCCGCCGCCGCAGCCGCCGCCACCGCCGCGGUCAUCGUGGACUCUGCCGAGUCCGCUUCCGAAGCCAGCUCGGCCACGGACUUGCAGCCGGGCGCCUCUUCGGGCGGCGAUGGCGGCAGCGGUGGCGGUAGUGGCACUGGUGGUGGUGGUGGUGCUGGGGGUUACAACUACAGCGAGUACUACGCUGCGGAGAGGCAGGUCACCGAGUUGCUCCAGGAACACCCCGGGGAACUGGUGCGGACCGGAUGCCCCAACAUCCUCUGCUCUGCACUUCCGUCGCACUGGAGAUCAAAUAAGACAUUACCGGUAGCCUUCAAAGUGAUUUGCCUGAGCGACGUACCCGACGGAACCCUGGUGUCACUCAAGGCCGGAAAUGACGAGAACCCCUGUUCCGAGGUCCGCAACGCCACGGCUGUGUUCAAAAACAACGUCGCCAAGUUCAACGAUCUCAGAUUCGUCGGCCGAAGUGGACGAGGUCGGGAUUUUGCGGCUUUUCAUUCCUUUGGCAGGUGGGAAUUGAGACGAGACGCCGCGGCGCCGAAACGAAACGGUUUCCACGGGGCGCCGGAGUUUAGCAACGCUUUGCGGGCGACAAAGUCACGCCGCCGGUUCGUUGAGCACCCGAGGGAUUUCGCACCUUUGAGCAUGCAAAUUGAAUUUCCACCCGGGAAGAGCUUCAAUAUCACAAUUAUUGUGAACUCGAGUCCAAUUAUGGUCGGUACUUACAUGAAAGCCAUGAAAGUGACUGUUGAUGGACCCCGGGAACCCCGCAGCAAAACCAGGCAACAACAGCAGAUGCGAGCCUUGGCCUUCGGCCACCGGCCCUUCCCCUUCUCCGAGGCCCUGGGUUCCAGCGCGGGUUGCUCUCUGCCUGCCCUAUCUGGUUCUCUGUCGAACCCGUUUGCCCCGAGCAGACCCUCGAAACCCGGGGAUCCCUUGUCGAGCUUGAAGCCUGCGAGCACCAACCAGAGGAUUCCGUUGACUUUGCCUUUUCAUAUAUUAAUGACCCCGCGGCGGGGGCAAAAGUUGCUCCUGCUGGAGCUGCUUCUGCUUCUUAUUUGCGAAUCUUGCUGGAAAGUGCGCAGCGGGGGAGGCGCGGGUAAAACAAUGAUGAGCACUCAUCGCCGUACCACUGCCACCACCGCCACGAUCAUCAUCAUCAUCAUCAUCAUCAUCAUCAUUGUAGCCAUGAAUGUUGGGUAA